ACUUGUCAUUUUUGUGAAAGGUAAACAAAAGAUUUUUUGAAUUAAGACUUAGAAAAGCUGAGGAGCAGAAAGUUCAGAUUCCUAGGGUGGAAAAGUUCACGAAGGAGAAGAAGAUAUGUGUGUCUAUAGAUAUGACAAAUUCUAGGAGAACUUUUGGUGGGGUCUCCACCCAAAACAGGCAAUUGGAGGAAGACUAAGUAAUAUAUAGCAUAGGCAUGUAUAUAUGUGUGUGUAUAUAUAUAUACAUAUAUAACUGACAAUAGAAGUAAGGCAAACAAAGAUUAGGAUUUUAAAGUAAGAAUAAGAAUGGCUGAGGAGCAGAAAGUUCACAUUCCUAGGGUGAAACUUGGAACUCAAGAAUUUGAGGUUUCAAAGUUGGGGUUUGGAUGUAUGGGGCUUUCAGGAGGCUACAGUGAUCCUGUCCCUAAAGAGGUUGGCAUAUCAAUCACCAAGCAUGCAUUCAAUCAAGGAAUCACAUUCUUUGAUAUGUCAGAUAUUUAUGGGCCACAUGCUUAUGAAGUUUUGGUAGGAAAGGCACUGAAGCACUUGCCUCGAGAAAAGAUUCAGUUAGCUACAAAAUUUGGUAUUGUCAAAAUGGAUCUUAAUAAUGUUGAAAUAAAUGGUACCCCUGAAUAUGUUCGAUCCUGCUGUGAGGAUAGUCUGAAGCGCCUUGGUUUGGAAUACAUUGAUCUCUAUUAUCAGCACCGGAUUGACACAACAGUACCUAUAGAGGAGACUAUUGGGGAACUUAAGAAGCUGGUGGAAGAAGGAAAAGUAAAGUAUAUUGGAUUGUCUGAAGCUAGUGCAGACACAAUACGAAGGGCACAUGCAGUUCAUCCCAUCACGGCUGUACAAAUGGAGUGGUCCCUCUGGACUCGCGAAAUUGAGGAAGAAAUAGUUCCACUUUACAGGGAGCUUGGAAUUGGAAUAGUACCAUACAGCCCCCUUGGUCAUGGAUUCUUUGGUGGCAAAGCAGUUAUAGAAAGUGUACCUGCAAACAGUUAUCUGGGACUACAAAAAUUAAAAAUCUUGAUGCCAAUAUCGAUUCCUUUAAAGUGAAGCUCACCAAAGAAGAUUUGAGGGAGAUUUCUGAGGUAAUAACCAUCAACGAGGUGGCAGGGCAUAGAACAAUUGAUGUUUU